GGGAUGCUGGGAAGUGCGCUGAGAGACCUCGGCUGCAAGAAAGAAGCGCUGAAGCGCCGCAUAUUUAGAGUUAUUCCAUAAUGGCAGAGGAUGUUCAGUCUCCAGUGAUAUUCCAGCACCAGUACAUGUGUUCUGAAUGUGGGGUUCUGUACAACACAUUGGAGGAUGUUCUGCUUCAUCAACAGAGCCAUAUUGGAGGGGCUGUUCAAGCUACUUUAUCCCAGGAUGUUUCAGUGGAGAUUGGUGAGCUUCAGAGUUUGGUACAAGACAGCCAAUAUCAGUGUUUGGAAUGCGGUCAGGUUCUUCUGACUCCUGAUGAGCUUCUACAUCACCAAGAAACACACAUGAGAGAACUUCCACAAUCCACAGUUUCCGCAGAAACCAGCCAGAUACACUACCAGUGUUGUGAGUGUAAGGAACUCUUUACUUCCCCUGAACUCUGGAUAGCUCACCGUCGGAAGCAUGAAAAGCAGGCAGAGGAGCCUCAGCAGAGUGUGGUCCUGCAAACUAGUUCUGGUAUUCAGGCCCUUCUUAGUCUCCAAAAUGUACUUCUAGAUGAGAGGGCCCUAAAUGGCUGGGGAAUGGAGAUGCCAGCUGUUGUGGCAAGUGCAGAGGAAUCGGCUGAGCCCCUUCCAACAACAUGUCCCUCAACUUUAUCUGAAACCAUUACAGUGCAGGAUGAGGUUAUACCACUCCCUGAGAUGCACCCCUAUGAAUGCUCCGAGUGCAGUCUGGUUUUUCACACUCCUGAGGAAUUUCUUGAGCACCAGGGAAGGCACUUUAUGGUGUCCGAGAAGGAGAGCGCAACAUCGCCUUCACGUGGAGUUGUGGAAAAUGGAGCACCCUCUUCUGCCAUUCUUGAAAGAUUGCGCAAAGAUUGGUUUCAGGAUGAAAAAGAAGUGGUGUCUAUAGUGGAUUUGGGAACCACAAAGCGUGUAUAUCGAUGUCAAGAGUGCAAGAAAGAGUAUGUUACUUUAGAGGAGCUGCGGAAACAUCGCAAGGAGCACCAGUCAGAGGAAUUUCCUUGCCCGGAUUGUGAUCGUCUCUUUAGCUCUGCCAACCGGCUGCAGUCGCAUCGGCGCGUACAUGUGGAAGGAACUCUUCAAUGCCCAAACUGCUACAAAGUGUUUAAGAAAGAGGCAUCUCUAGAGCAGCACAUGCGAGUACAUCGGGGAGAAGCCCUGUACUUGUGUGUAGACUGUGGCCUGGGCUUUGGCACAGAAAUCACCCUUGUAUUGCAUCGGAAAAGCCAUACAGCAGAUCCCCUCCAUCGCUGCCACUGUGGCAAAACAUUUAGCAAUAUGACAAAGUUCUUAUACCACCGAAGAACUCAUGCUGGUAAAAGUGGGGUACCUACUCCCAAAACUGAGAAACCCAUUGUUACGGAGAUGCCAGUUUCCCCCGUUUUGACAGAACAGACUGCAGCUUCCCCUUCUGUAACUUUCCAAACAGCAGAUUUAUCCCCUGUGCUUACUAAAUGCCAGGUGAAUGGUGUUGUCAAAAACAUUCCACCUUUAGAGGCACAGUCAGAAGUAAGGCUUACAGUCCAGAGCUUUAAAUGUCCCGUGUGCAGCAAAGAAUUUUCCACCCGUCUUCGGAUGGUGCGACAUAAACGUGUAGUGCACGCGGUGGAGCUGAAGCACAAAUGUACCGUAUGUGGGAAGCACUUUAAGCAGAAAGUGCAUCUUCAAAAUCACAUGCGCACUCACACAGGGGAACGGCCAUUCCAGUGUACAGACUGUGGGAAAGCCUAUAGGUCCAUUUCCAGUCUCAGAUGCCACCACCUCACCCAUACUGGGGUAAAGCCAUAUGCAUGUGAUUUAUGUGGAAAGGGUUUCACGCAAAAGUCCAAUCUGAAGCAACAUCGGACUUUACACACUGGUGCCAGUUUGUUCCCUUGUGAAGUGUGCGGGAUGAAAUUUAACAGGGCUUCUAAAUUGACGUUACACCUUCGUGCUCACACCAGGGCCUUAACUUACAAAUGCACAGAGUGUGGUAAAUCUUUUAUGCGCAAAGAAUUGUUGGAGUUGCACCGGCUUGGCCAUCAGGGAAAAGAGCCUCUCCACUGCCAUGAAUGUGCUAUGGUUUUUGAAGAGGAAUCGCAGCUGGCAGAACACAAGUGCCAUAGCAAUAACGAAGGACAAUAUGUGUGCCCCAACUGUGGCAAAAAGUUGAAUUCCAAAACAAGCUUAAUUCUCCACCUACUGGUGCAUUCAGAUCAGCGCCCUUUCAGAUGUCAGGUCUGUGGAAAGUGCUUUCCAAGCCAGAGACAUGUCCAAAGGCACCAGAGAUGGCACUCAGCAAAACGGGCGCAUCAGUGCGAAAUUUGUGGGAAAUCAUUUCUGGCCUCCUUUAAUUUGCGCCUCCAUCAGCGCAUUCAUACAGGAGAACGGCCAUUUCCCUGCCCAGACUGUGGCAAAGCUUUCCGACAGGCCACUCACCUGCGAGAGCAUUAUCGACUGCACACUGGGGAAAGGCCGUAUCACUGUCAGGAUUGCGGCAAGACAUUUGUCCAGUCUAUGCACCUCACGGAGCACCGGCACCUCCACACAGGGCAACGGCCACACUCGUGUACUGAAUGUGGCAAGAGCUUCAAGACUGUAUCCAACUUGCGCAGCCACCGCAAGACACAUAAGGAAGCUGUGGCUCAACCACAACAGACAAUAAUGUGCACAGAGAUGGGGGAGACCAUAGCAAUAAUAGAAAGUGUUGAGACCAUUCCCCUUGUAGAGACCAUAGAAAUUUACCAGACUGCUCUGGAAGGGAAUCUACAGGUAGAAGAUCUGACUGUAUUGGAAGGCAGCCAGUGCAAUAUGAUUUCUAAUCCACUGUCUAAAUAAAAUUCUUUCUCUUUUUGAUGUUGUUAAAUAAGAGGAA